AUGUCAUUAAUACAGAAGAGGCUGUUUUCUUUGACUUCAAGGGUUCGCUCUCAUGUCGGUGCAUCCGUUAUAUAUUCGAACCCAGAGACACAAAUAUCCCUAAGGGCACUCGACCCACCACGAUUGAUUCAGAAGGGUAGAAAAUUUCUCAAAUUAUCACAGGAGGUUACUGUAUUAGGUCCCAAAGGGCAAGUCGUUAUGGAUGUCCCUGAUUUUGCACGUAUUGUUACAGAUGAAGAAACGCAUCGUAUUCAUGUCUCUGUAGAUGAUGAUUCAAAUAAGAUUCAAAAAGCUAUGUGGGGAACACUUAGAGCCCAUAUGAAUAAUCAUGUUGUUGGAGUUAAUGAAGGUCAUCUUGCUAUUUUAAGAUUUGUCGGUACCGGGUAUAGAGCACAAGUAGAUAAAGAUGGAAAAUACGUCGGAGUUAAAGUUGGUGCGUCUAUACCACAGGGACUAGAUGUACCAGAAGGAAUUACGGUAAAAUCUCCAACUCCAACCACUUUAAUCAUUGAAGGUUGUGAUAAACAACAAGUAUUUCUGUUUGCUGCCAAAUUAAGAGAUUUCCACCCUCCAGAACCUUAUAAAGGUAAAGGUAUUUAUGUGAAUGAUGAAACUAUUAAGAUUAAGAACAAGAAAAUAAAAUGA